ACUCGAAAUCCCCAAUUAACACGACGUCACUGAACCCUUUACCAUCUUCCAGCUCCCAAAAACGUAUACAGGAAACCCUAACCCAUCGGCGGAAUCCGUACCAACUGACCGGCGCAGUUGGCCAACAACAAAUCCAGCCCCGCCGUCUGCGAAAUUUGAAGUGAAGACAAGUGCAAAGGGCCCAAUGGGGAAGGACGACGACGAAAUGAGGGGAGAGAUCGAGGAAAGGCUGAUUAACGAAGAGUACAAGAUUUGGAAGAAGAACACUCCUUUCCUCUACGACCUGGUCAUCACCCACGCCCUCGAGUGGCCGUCGCUCACCGUGGAGUGGUUGCCGGACCGCGAUGAGCCGCCGGGGAAGGACUACUCCGUCCAGAAGAUGAUCCUCGGCACCCACACCUCGGAGAACGAGCCCAACUAUCUCAUGCUCGCUCAGGUUCAGCUUCCUUUGGACGACGCUGAGAAUGACGCCCGCCACUACGACGACGACCGCUCCGACGCCGGCGGAUUUGGAGCUGCUAACGGCAAGGUUCAAAUCAUUCAGCAGAUUAAUCACGACGGAGAGGUUAACAGGGCUCGUUACAUGCCUCAAAACCCUUUCAUAAUUGCCACCAAGACCGUCAGCGCCGAGGUCUAUGUGUUUGACUACAGCAAGCACCCUUCUAAACCUCCUCUGGAUGGGGCUUGCAGCCCUGAUUUGAGGUUGAGAGGUCACAACACUGAAGGGUAUGGUCUCUCCUGGAGUAAGUUCAAGGAAGGGCAUUUGCUCAGUGGGUCGGAUGAUGCCCAGAUUUGCUUGUGGGACAUCAAUGGUACUCCUAAAAACAAGUCUCUUGAUGCCACCCAGAUUUUCAAGGUACAUGAAGGUGUUGUGGAAGAUGUGGCCUGGCAUCUGAGGCAUGAAUACUUAUUUGGUUCUGUGGGGGAUGAUCAAUACUUGCUUAUAUGGGAUCUUCGAAGUCCAGCAGCAACCAAGCCUGUCCAAUCCGUUGUUGCUCAUCAAAGUGAGGUUAACUGCUUGGCUUUCAAUCCUUUCAAUGAAUGGGUUGUGGCGACUGGAUCCACUGAUAAGAUGGUCAAACUAUUUGACUUGCGCAAGAUCAACACUGCGCUUUACACAUUUGAUUGUCACAAGGAAGAGGUUUUCCAGGUAGGUUGGAAUCCUAAGAAUGAGACAAUCUUAGCUUCUUGUUGCCUUGGAAGGAGGCUCAUGGUUUGGGAUCUUAGCAGGAUUGAUGAGGAGCAGACACCCGAGGAUGCUGAAGAUGGUCCACCGGAGUUGCUCUUCAUCCACGGCGGCCACACCAGUAAGAUAUCAGAUUUCUCGUGGAAUCCUUGUGAAGACUGGGUUGUGGCAAGCGUCGCCGAAGAUAACAUCCUUCAGAUAUGGCAAAUGGCAGAGAACAUCUACCAUGAUGAAGAUGAUCUACCUGUUGAUGAUCCGACCAAAGAAAGCACCACGAUCGAAAUUCGGAACAUAAUCCAGAAGAAGAAGAAGAAGAAGAAGGGCUUCGGGAAUUCAGAAGCAGAACGAACGAAUUUUCCCCCAACUGGAGAAAAAAUGGCGGAAUUCCUGGAGCUGGAGACUCAGGACGGCGUAAGGAUGCCGUGGAAUGUGCUUCCGGGAACCAAACAGGAAGCGGCCAACUGCGUCGUUCCGAUCGCCGCGAUAUACACUCCGAUCAAGCCCUUCCCCAACAUGCCGGUCCUGCCCUACGCUCCUCUCCGCUGCCGCACCUGCCGCUCCGUGCUCAACCCUUUCGCAAUCGUCGAUUUCGCGGCCAAGAUCUGGAUCUGCCCCUUCUGUUUCCAGCGCAACCACUUCCCCCCGCAGUACGAUUCCAUCAGCGAAGAGCAUCUCCCCGCCGAGCUCUUCCCGCAGUACACAUCGAUCGAGUAUGAAUCUCCGGGCGAAAACCCUUCUUCUUGUUCUUCCCCCGUCUACAUGUUCGUGGUGGACACUUGUAUCAUCGAGGAGGAGAUGGCUUUCCUCAGGUCGGCCUUGUCCCAGGCGAUCGACCUUUUGCCGGACAAUUCCCUCGUCGGGCUGAUCACUUUCGGGACGUUGGUUCACGUUCACGAGUUGGGGUUCGGUCAGCUUGCCAAGACUUACGUCUUCAAGGGCUCCAAAGAUGUGUCCAAGGAACAGCUGCUCGAGCAAAUGAGCUUUUUCCUCAAGAAGCCCAAACCUGCCACUGGUGUCAUUGCCGGCGCCAGAGACGGGCUCUCUACCGAGAGCAUUUCGCGCUUUCUUCUGCCCGCUUCCGAUUGUGGCUUCGCUCUGAAUUCGGUUCUAGAGGAGCUGCAGAAUGAUCCCUGGCAAGUACCAACUGAUCAGAGGGCUACCAGAUGCACCAGCACUGCUCUGAGUGUAGCUGCUUGUUUGUUGGGAGCUUGUGUUCCUGGUUCUGGAGCUAGAAUUAUGGCCUUCGUGGGUGGUCCAUCUACAGAGGGUCCUGGUGCUAUUGUAUCAAAGAAUCUUUCUGAACCAAUUCGUUCGCACAAAGACUUGGAUAAAGAUUCUGCACCAUAUUAUAACAAAGCUGUCAGAUUCUACGAGGGACUUGCAAAGCAACUUGUUCAUCAAGGCCACAUAUUGGAUCUCUUUGCUUGUGCGCUUGAUCAGGUGGGAGUUGCUGAGCUCAAAGUUGCUGUUGAAAGAACUGGUGGCCUAGUUGUGCUUGCAGAAAGCUUUGGCCAUUCAGUAUUCAAGGAGUCACUUAGACGUGUUUUCCAAUCAGGCGACUAUGACCUUGGGCUAUCAUCAAAUGGGAUCUUUGAGAUAAACUGCUCAAAGGAUAUCAAAGUUCAAGGUAUAAUUGGUCCGUGUGCAUCUCUUGGAAAGAAAGGGCAGUUAUCCUCUGACACUGUCAUUGGGCAGGGAAAUACCAGCGCAUGGAAGAUGUGUGGCAUGGACAAAUCUACAACUUUAUGUCUGAUAUUUGACAUCGUUAAGAAAGAGACACCAGAGCUUGCAGUUCAACCUUCAAGCAAUCAGUUUUAUUUUCAAUUCUUGACUUAUUACCAACAUGCAAAUGGUCAAAUGAGAGUUCGUGCGACAACCCUCUCAAGGAGAUGGGUUACUGGACCUGGGACUAUACAGGACUUGAUUGCUGGUUUCGACCAAGAAGCAGCAGCUGUGGCCAUGGCUCGUUUGGUCUCGUUCAAAAUGGAAGUGGAGGCUGAGUUUGAUCCAAUAAGAUGGUUGGAUAAGGCUUUAAUUCAUCUUUGCUCUCAGUUUGGAGAAUAUCAGAAGGAUAGUCCAUCUUCGUUCAGUCUAUCUCCACGGCUCUCAAUAUUUCCCCAGUUUAUGUUCCAUUUACGGCGUUCUCAGUUCGUCCAGGUCUUCAACAAUAGCCCUGAUGAGACUGCAUACUUUCGGAUGAUAUUGAAUAGAGAGAAUGUAGCCAAUUCAAUUGUGAUGAUUCAGCCUUCAUUAAUCUCAUACUCAUUUCAUUCGGCACCCGAACCUGCUCUUUUGGACGUGGCGGCUAUUUCAGCUGAUAGGAUUCUUCUAUUGGACUCUUACUUUACUGUUGUUGUUUUCCAUGGUGCAAAUAUUGCUCAGUGGCGAAAAGCAGGGUACCAUAGUCAACAAGAGCAUCAGGCGUUUGCCCAGUUGCUACAAGCUCCUUCCGAUGAUGCAGAUAGCAUUGUAAAGGAAAGGUUUCCAGUUCCUCGUUUAGUUGUUUGUGAUCAGCACGGUUCACAGGCACGGUUCCUUCUGGCUAAGCUGAAUCCAUCUGCCACGUAUAAUACGGAUGCACCUCUGCCCGGUGGAGACAUCCUAUUUACAGAUGAUGUGAGCUUCGAGGUGUUCCUGGAUCAUCUUCAGAGACUAACAGUGCAAUGAGAACUAGAUGGUGGAAUCCAAUUUUGUAGCUUUUCCUAGCAAUUCAUAUUCUUUUUUUUUCUUGUACAGAGGUGUAGCUUUUAAGCGCUUCUUAUAAUCAUUCCUCGUGGUUUGAAGUUCUAGCUUUUUUGCCAACUGAAAUGUUAGAACAGUGAUAGCACAUAAGGAAAACAAAGAAAGAGUGAAACGGGUCAAGUACUCGAGUUUCUCCCGUAGUCUCGUAUGCUCUCACUCGUCAAUACAAAUUUCGGGGUUACAUUGCUUAUGCUGAACUUAGCGGGAUCUUUAACGAUUUGUCUGCCGCGAUUUAGAAUUUAGGAUGGUGUGGUUGUAGACUUGCAGGUCGACCUGCGGGUUGACAAUCUUGGUCUAGCGUAUUGGUCACACUGUUGCUGUUUUGGAGGCUUCUGUUGUGACUUGCACGCCAAGAAAUCACUUGUACCGC